AGCCCGACGGAGGGGAGCGGGAGCAGGAGGGCGGGCGUGCGGGAGGGGGCCCCUGUCGCUGUCGUAAUCGCAGUUGAGCCCGGGAGUCGUCUUUCCGCCGAGCAGGCUCGGGCAGCCGGCCUCCACACCUCCGGGGGCCGGGAGACGGCGCGGGCAGCUCCGGGGGCCGCGCUGCUGCUCCCAGCCCUGCUCCUGCUCCUGCUCCUGCUCCUGCUCCUGCUCCUCCUGCUCCUGCUCCUCCUGCUCCUCCUGCUCCUCCUGCUCCUGCUCCUCCUGCUCCUGCUCCGCUUGCUGCGCCUCCUGCUACCGCCGCCGGGGAGCGGGGAACCUCCGACCCCGGACGCCCGACCCCCGGGUGUGUCCGUGGCCGAGCGGUGACAUAUUUUACGACGAGCGUUUGGACGGGGGAACAUUCAGCCACGGAAUGUCCCUCUGUGGGUCUUCACAGAGGGAGUUGGCACAGUUACAGCCGAUUCAAGAUACUAGACAAAACCCAGCUGAAAUCAAAACCUCGCCCUCCAGGGUCGACUGUCCCGCUCCUUAUGGCUGCGGUCGGUCCUCUGGGCCACCGGAGCACAGCCCUCUAUAUAUCCCUCCGCCCUACAGCGAGAGCCACCAUGGAUGUUCCACCACCGCUUUCUACAGUCCCAUCGUGAUGAGCUUCAAUACCGCCAGCAGCGGCAGCGACUUGGACGGUGGUACCGUGAGGCCAGCGGCCAGUCCGGGCAUCUCGUGGCCGACCCCCGGUCACGUGUCUCCUCUGCCGCUGCACUGUCCAUCAUCUCUCAUCUAUGCCGAAUCACAGAGGAGUUCGUGGUGUGAAGCCAGAUUGACGGAACCUGUCUUACCACUUCCUAAAUUAGAGAUGUUGAAAAAGAAAGUGAAUGUCAACAGCUGUACAAGUCCUGCUUCCACAGCCAGUAGUCCAGACCCCAAGAGGGAUGCCCACUUCUGUGCCGUCUGCCGUGACUACGCUUCAGGAUAUCAUUAUGGCGUAUGGUCCUGUGAGGGCUGUAAGGCAUUUUUUAAAAGAAGCAUUCAAGGACAGAACAAUUACAUCUGCCCAGCCACCAAUCAGUGCACCAUCGACAAGAACCGGCGCAAGAGCUGUCAGUCCUGUCGGCUUCGCAGGUGCUACGAAGUUGGAAUGAUGAAAUGUGGUUCCCGGCGAGAGCGCUGUGGGCACCGAGCUGUCGGACGGCGGCAGGAUCCCCAACAGCCACCGCCCGGCCCAGGCAAGGCCGGGAAAAGCAGCGAGAGCACCGCCACCCGAGUGAAGGAGCUGAUUCUCAGCGUGCUGAGCCCCGAGCAGUUUGUGCUCACUCUUCUCGAUGCAGAGCCGCCCCGCGUGUCAGCGAGUCGCCCCAGCAGACCGUUCACCGAAACCUCCAUGAUGAUGUCCCUGACCAAGCUGGCCGACGAGGAGCUGGUGCAUAUGAUCGGCUGGGCCAAGAAGAUUCCUGGCUUCGUGGAGCUCAGCUUAUAUGAGCAAGUCCGGCUCUUGGAGAGCUGCUGGAUGGAGGUGUUAAUGGUGGGACUGAUGUGGAGAUCGAUCGACCACCCUGGCAAACUCAUCUUUGCUCCGGAUCUUAUUUUGGACCGGGAUGAAGGAAAAUGUGUAGAAGGAAUUUUGGAAAUCUUCGACGUGCUCCUAGCUAUGACUUCGAGACUUCGAGAGUUAAAACUCCAACAUAAGGAGUACCUGUGUGUCAAGGCCAUGAUCCUUCUCAACUCCACCCCAGACGAACCUGAGAGCGGCAGAAAGCUGCACCUGCUGCUGGGUGCGGUGACGGAUGCUUUGAUGUGGGUCAUUGAGAAGAGCGGCAUCCCCUGCGCACAGCAGUCGUCCCGGCUGGCCCACCUGCUGCUGCUGCUCUCCCAUGUCCGGCAUGCCAGCAACAAAGGUAUGGAGCACCUGCUCAGCAUGAAGAGUAAAAACAUCGUUCCCGUCUAUGACCUGCUGCUGGAGAUGCUCAAUGCACACACCUGGAGGGGACCCAGGAAGCCUCCCCUGCCAGCCCCUGCCAGGGGCAGCCCAGCGCCGGGGAGGGAGCGGAGGGGGAGCCCAGAAGAGCCGAUCUCUCAGUAAUGUCACGACGAGGGGGCACGAGGGGGAGGAGGAAGGACUGAGCUGAAAUACGAACCACAAUCCCUGAGUGCUUGUGGCCUUGUCGAUCCCAUGAGAGUGAUGCUUAAUUUGGGAGGUGGACUUGUGUCUGGCUGUGGUUCUUGCCUGCAUGGCGGGCAAGGGGCAGGGGGCCAGGUGCCCACCCCGGGGUCUGUCUGUUGGCAAGGUGAAAUUUCCAAAUGAGCACAUUUGGCGUCUCGAUGCCAGUUCCGUCACUACUGAGAAGGCAGCACAGAGCUUCAGAGCGACUGGAACCCCUUCCGCAGGACCUCUGUUAGGACCCUUUUCAAAUACACAGAGAAUUAUUUGGGAGUGGGGUAGGAGUUAGGAUGGGCAUCUCAGUGAGAGGACAAAGAUGAAAUAUCAUCUAGGCCAUAUUCCUCAGCCAGCUGCUGCCAGGACUUGCCAGAGACUUGGUGAGGCAAGGGCCCAUUUCCCCGCAGAGUAAUAGCAUGGGCUCCACCAGGUAAUGGGCUCACAACCGCACCCCAACUGCCUUCAAAGGCCCCUCUUCAUAGAGGAGAGAUAUUGAUGUGUUUGCUAGGUAUACAAGAGUGCUCAGGUCAGAAUUUUAGGUCUCCCAUAGCAGGUAAACUAAUGGUGGCAGUAAAUAAGUAAUAGAAAGUUAAAACCUUAAUCUUGGUUGAACUUCACACUUACCCAUUCUGAUCCUGGGCCAUCAUUUAAUCCAGGUUACCUGAGGGCUGGUAAACAUCUACUCAUCAUUCCUCCUGGUGGAAGAUCUUGUUUUGGAGUUGCAUCUGUGGACCGAAGGCCACAGCUCUGACUUUAAUUAGGAGUUGGGAAAUAUAUUUACCUAUCUAGAUAUAUAGAUAUAUAUAUAGAUAUAUAUAUAAAUAUGAUUGUGUGUGUGAGACAGAGAGAGAGAGAGAAAGAGCACACUCUUCUGUCCUCUCCUGUGUCCCACUCAGGUGGGCCAGCAGCUACAAUAGGGCACGUGAUAAGGCAGACUCGGAAAUUUCCCCUUCUAGUCCACUGUGCAGUUGACUCAAAUGGUCACACUCUCAGCUAUGGAUCCCAUGCAUUUGACUGUCCCUUCCACUUCCUCUUUCCCCUCGUCUGACCAAUCAUGUGUUGUUAGGUCCAAUCCUGGUACUCCCUCACUGCCUCCCACUUCUCAGCUGGUGCCCUUGGCCCAGGCCCGGGUGCGAGUUCCCUCCCCAGCCUGGGUUCUAGCGCCAUCCUAAGGAGUUUGGCGGCCCAUUCCCCUCUCAGGAUGGCACCUGAAGAGUUUCCAGGCCACUACCAGUCUCAGCUAAGGUGGGAGAGUCAA